AUGAACCCAGGCUGGAGGGGUACUGGAGAUUUUGAUGCUGCCAUAGACUAUAGGAACAAUGCGUUAAAAAAAAUGAAUUUGAUGCUUGACAGAAUACCUCAGGAUGCCAACAAAAUACUUUCUAAUCAAGAAAUGUUAACUCUCAUGAGUAAUAUGGGAGAAAGAAUUUUAGAUGUAGGAGAUUAUGAAUUACAGGUAGGCAUUGUGGAAGCUUUGUGUAGAAUGACCACAGAAAAACGGAGACAAGAACUGGCAUAUGAAUGGUUUUCAAUGGACUUUAUUGCUAAUGCAUUUAAGGAAAUUAAAGACUGUGAAUUUGAAACAGAUUGCAGAAUAUUUCUCAACUUGGUAAAUGGCAUUCUUGGUGAUAAAAGAAGGGUCUUUACAUUUCCUUGCUUGUCAGCAUUUCUUGGUAAAUAUGAGCUGCAGAUACCAUCAGAUGAAAAACUUGAGGAAUUCUGGAUCGAUUUUAAUCUUGGGAGCCACACUGUGUCAUUCUACAUUGCUGGAGAUGAUGAAGAUCACCAAUGGGAAGCUGUCACUGUACCUGAAGAAAAAGUUCAGAUGUACAACAUUGAAGUGAGAGAAUCAAAGAAGCUACUGACUCUAACUUUGAAAAAUAUAGUAAAAAUUAGUAAAAAAGAAGGAAAAGAGUUACUUUUUUAUUUUGAUGAAUCAUUAGAAAUCACCAACGUGACUAAAAAAGUUUUUGGUGGAAAUAAGUAUAAGGAAUUUACCAGAAAACAAGGUAUUUCAGUUGCCAAAACAUCUAUUCAUAUACUUUUUGAUGCAAGUGGAUCACAGAUUCUAGUACCAGAAAGUCAACCAUCUCCAGUCAAAGAAAACCGCAUUCAUCUAAAAGAGAAAUCCGACAUCCAAAAGAAACUUGUAAACCCUCUAGAACUAGGCAAUAGCAGCAGCCAGGAUGACUGGAAAAACAGCCAGGAUGAGAUCACUACACCUAGCAGAAAGAAAAUGUCUGAAGCAUCAAUGAUUGUUCCUGAUACAGACAGAUACACUGUGCGAAGCCCAAUACUCUUAAUCAACACAUGUCUUCAUAGAAGCAGUGGAUUUUCAAAAAAACCUGAUCUGCAGUUCAAUAAGCAUAACAAAACUACUGCUGUCAUACAAAACAAACAAUAUNAGGAUAAUGAAUCCCCAGACCAAAAUUUCAAUGAAAUUGAGGACACUCUCUCUAAUGUAUCUUCUGCAGUGGGAAAAGUAGACAAGCCUGUAUUGCCUGGUGUUUUAGACAUCUCAAAAGAUACAACGCAUUCCAGAUGGGCAUGUUGGACACCUGUAGCAACUAUCAAACUCUGCAAUAACCAGAGAAGGCAUGCUUUACCAGGAGACACUUUUACCCAAGAUACUGGUGUCAACAAAAAAUGCACUAAACAAAAAUCAGUAUCAGAUGAUGAUUCUGAAGAAACACAAAAGGGAAAAUAUAGUAAAGAUGUAAUCAAGUGUAACAAGUCAGAUGAAGCAGAAUUUUGUGAAAGAAACAUUCAAGAACAAAAUCAUCCUAAAUAUACACAAAAGAAAAAUACUGCAAAUGCAAAGAAGAAUGAUUGGCAUAUUGAAUCUGAAACUACUUAUAAAUCAGUACUCCUAAAUAAGACAACUGAAGAAUCUCUCAUCUAUAAGAAGACAUGUGUAUUGUCAAAAGAUGUGAAUACUACUAUCUGUGAUAAAAGCCCUUCUAGAAAAAGCAUGAGGAAUCAUACAAAAUCAAGAAAGGAACUGAUGUCUGAACUUACUUCAUGUGAGCUAGAAGAAAUACCAGUGAUGUUAAGUUAUGAGAAGAAAACUCUCUUAAGUGACACUGAAACCGAAUGUGGAUGUGAUGACAGCAAGACUGACAUUAGCUGGCUAAAAGAACCAAAAACAAAAAGACUAAUGGAUUAUAGUAGAAAUAAAAACACAACAAAAUAUAAAAGUAGAAAAUCAAGAUCAUCCAUGGAAAAGGGACAACCAAGAUCCACAAUGGUACUCAAUAAAAACAGUAUGAAAAAGGAUUAUGAAGUAGUUGUAGAUGGGAGAACCAGACUUCCACGAAGAGCAACAAAAACAAAAAAAAAUUAUAAAGAUCUUUCAACUUCAGAAUCAGAAUCAGAGAGUGAAAAAGAAUGUUCAUAUUUGUUUAAAGAUAAACUGCCAAGAAAGGAGGAGACUAUCCAUUCCAGAGCCCAAACAAAGAAACUGCCCAAGAAACAACAGAAAGUCUUCAAUUCAGAAGUGCUGAAAGGACAGCCAUCAGAAGAACAGAAAAACUCAUCUCAGCUGAGAGAAGGGAGAGAAGACAGUCUGUGCCUGUCUUCUGCAUCUGUGUCUGGGAGCUCGUCCUCUGUGGAAGUGAUGAGAUGUACAGAGAAAAUAACAGAAAGGGAUUUUACUCAGGAUUAUGACUAUAUCACAAAAUCUCUUUCACCUUAUCCAAAAGCUGCAUCACCUGAAUUCUUAAAUGGAAACAAUAGCGUUGUAGGUCGGGGAAAAUCACCCAGAAUUAGUGAGACCAGUGCAAUGUGUGUGAGAAAGAGUUACUCACCUGCUUCAGGACCGCCCUUUUCGCCAAGACACACUCCGACCAAGAAUAAUUCUGUUGUGAAUAUGAAAAAUGCAAAUUCAGUGAUAAAUAAUCAGAGAACCCAACAAUGUAACAGCUACUCAGAUGUAAGCAGUAAUAGUUCAGAGAAACUUUAUAUGGAACCUGAAUCUCCAGAGAGCUGUGACAACCAUAUGCAAAACAAGAGAGAGGAAAAUCAUGCAGCAUCUCCAUUAUCAUUGUCUAGUGAAAAAAUAGAGAAAAUAUGGUUUGACAUGCCCAGUGACAAUACCCAUGUAUCAGGUCCCAGUCAACGUGGUAGCAAAAGGUGGAUGUACCUAGAAGAAGAUGAACUAAGUAAUUCCAAUGAAGCAGAAGUAGAAGAGGCAGAAGAAAGGGAACAUUUGCUUUCCAAAAAACUAUGUCAAAGGGAAAAUUCUGACCAGCACACCUUCAAAACUUCAUUAUCGACACCAGAUUUUUCUGUUCCUAAGGACUGGCAACAAGAGUUACAAAGUGCUGGAAUGUUUUAUGAUAACAUCAGCUCAGACUAUAAAAGGAAAACUGAUAGCCAACAUAAAAUCAUGGAUGAUUUUACUACAAAGACAUUGAAANUGACUCAACAACAUCUGAUGGCAAUGACCUCUCAAGCUCGGGGACGCAGGGAUGAAAAUGUUGACCAAUUCCAAGUCACUCUCCUAGAUGAGCUGGAAAAAGUUGAAAAAGACUCACAGACUUUGCGAGACUUGGAGAAAGAGCUUGUGGAUAUCGAGGAAAAGUUAGUUCAGAAGAUGAGGGCAUAUCACCGAUGUGAGCGAGAGAGGUUUCGUGUUUUGAAAACUUCACUGGAUAAAAGUUUUCUUGUCUAUAAUUCUGUUUAUGAAGAGUCUGUUUUUACAUCUGAGAUGUGUUUGAUGAAAGCAAACAUGAAAAUGCUACAAGACAAGCUGCUUAAGGAGAUGGUUCUUGAUUUUGAACCCAAGUGGCCUUAA